AUGGCCUUGCCGGUGAUCCCCAGCAAGCUCCUGGCGGAUAUCUUCCUCCGCCUUCCCACCCCAGAGGACCUCAUCCGCGCCUCCGCCGUCUGCGUCUCCUUCCGCCGCCUCGUCGCCGACCGCGCCUUCCUCCGGCGCUUCCGCAAGCUCCACCCUCCGCCCCUCCUCGGCUUCGUCGACUACAGCGGCUUCCACCCCGCCGAACCGCCUCAUCCCUCCGCGCCGGCGGCCAGCGCCGUCGCCGACGACGACUUCGACUUCGACUUCGGCUUCCUCCCCGGGUCCUCCUUGGACUGGACCGUGCGUGAGGUCCGCGACGGCCGCGUCCUCCUCGACAGACCCGGCCGUCACGAGCCCCUCUUCAAGGAGACGGUGGUGUGCGACCCCUGCACCGGCAGUACCUCCUGCUUCCCCCGAUCCCCGGUGACGUAG